AUGGAACAGACUGAUCUGCUGUUGCAAGGUGUCGCAGUUGUUGCAGAUGUACUAAUAAAAGAGUUGAACCAUAUAAGCAAAGAAACAAGCAAUGUAAGAAGAAAGAAGGAAUGCAAGAAGAGAUCGAUUUGGACCCGCGAAUGGAUAUUAAGGCGUGAAAAGCUGGGAGCAUCAGAUAAUUUUCUCCGAGAAGUAUGCAUGGAAGACAAUGCUACUUACAAGAAUCAUUUGAGGCUGAACGGUGAACAAUUUGACUAUCUGUUACAAAAAGUAACGUCGAAAAUACAGAGAGCUGAUACAGUCAUGAGAGCUGCUCUACCUGCCAAAAUAAAGCUACAAAUAGCUAUGCGCUAUUUAGCAACUGGAGAUAGUUUUCCAAGUUUAGAAAGUUCUUUUCGAGUUCCAAAGAGCACCAUAUCCAAGUUUCUGCCAGAAGUGCUAGAUGCAAUAUAUGAAGGGUUGGAGGAGUACAUAAAGGUCAGUAACAAGAAAUCAUAG